UAGAGGCUGGUUUCUGCUGCUGGUGUUCUCUCGCACUUCCGGUACUGCUUUUCUGCCUGCGAACUGCUGUAUUUGAGACACUUUCUGCUGGAAAUACUCUCGACCAUGAGUGAGAAGGCGCUGCGGGUACUGACCUGCGGAGAUGUGUAUGGCAAGCUGGAUGUGCUGUUUAAUAGAGUUCAAACUAUUCAGAAGAAGAGCGGCCAGUUUGAUCUCUUAGUCUGCGUUGGAAGUUUCUUUGGCACAAGUCCGGAGAGCGAGGCACUUUGGGAAGAAUAUAAGUCUGGAAAGAAAAAAGCUCCUAUUCAGACGUAUAUCCUCGGAGCAAAUAACCAAGAAACUGUGAAGUAUUUUCAAGAAGUCAAUGGAUGUGAACUGGCAACAAACAUAACUUAUUUGGGUCGCAAAGGAUUGUUUACAGGUGCAUCGGGCCUGCAAAUAGCAUAUUUAAGCGGCAUCGAGUCCCGGAGCGAGCCUGCGCCGGCAUACUGCUUUACGCCUAAGGACGUGCAGGCGCUGAAGCUCUCGCUCGCCUCUAACUCCAAAUUCAAAGGUGUGGAUUUAUUAUUGACGUCUCCAUGGCCCAAAGAUGUGUGGCAUUUUGGUAAUGCCCCGGCCGAUGUAAACAUCAAGCAGUGCGGUUCUGCGUCGGUGGCCAAUCUUGCGGUUACCUUAAAGCCCAGAUACCACUUCGCUGCCCUAGAGGGAGAAAAUUAUGAGAGACUUCCUUACAGAAAUCACCUCGUCUUGCAGGAAAAUGCUCAGCACGUGAGCAGGUUUAUAUCGCUGGCAAGUGUUGGCAAUCCAGCGAAGAAAAAGUAUAUCUAUGCGUUUAGCAUUGUGCCCCUGAGCUUGAUGGAGGCCACGGAGCUUGUGAAGCAGCCGCUAGACGUCACCGAAAACCCUUACAGGAGGUCUGGCAAAGAAGCCAAGAACACUCAAGGGUCUCGAACCAUGGAGGAGGAAGAGCCAGCGCAGCAGUUUUUCUUUGACAUGAAUAAGCAACAGGGAAAGAAACGGCAGUCGGAGGGGAGAGGAGGGCAUCAAUCCCAAGGAAAGCAGCCCAGAAAACACCCUCAGCCAACUGGACCAUGCUGGUUUUGUCUUGCAAGCCCUGAAGUUGAAAAGCACCUUGUGGUCAGCAUUGGCGAUCAUUGCUAUGUUGCUCUAGCCAAAGGAGGCUUAACGUCGGAUCAUGUUCUGAUUUUACCCAUAGGACACUAUCAGUCUAUGGUUGAUCUUUCGACGGAGGUGGUAGAAGAAGUUGACAAAUACAAGGCAGCGCUAAAGAAGUUUUUCAAGACAAAAGGGAAAAGAUAUGUGAUGUUUGAGAGAAACUACAGAAGUCAGCAUCUACAGCUUCAAGUGGUGCCACUGCCAUUGCAAUGCUGCACUACAGAAGACAUCAAAGAGACUUUUAUCGUACAAGCACAGGAGCAGAACAUUGAGUUAUUAGAAAUUCCCGAGCACUCGGACAUCAAACAAAUUGUACAGCCUGGAACGCCGUACUUCUUCGUGGAGCUUGACAGCGGGGAGAAGCUUUUUCACAGGAUAAAGAAGAAUUUUCCGUUACAAUUUGGAAGGGAGGUGUUGGCCAGCGAAGCCAUCCUGAAUAUACCGACGAGGGCGCACUGGAAAGAGUGCAAAUCCACUCAAGCGGAAGAGGAAUCGCUCGCCAAGUCUUUCAGACAGGACUUUGAACCUUUUGACUUCUCCCUUGAGGACUGAUCUUCUCACAUGGGAACCCUUGGCAAAAUGUUUUUGUUCAUUUCGUUCCAUACUAUGGACAAAUUGUACACAUCAUUGUUAAUGUU